CUAGCUUAGAGACCAGGAGAAAUCACUGCCGAUUACCUACCAACAAAACUUCUAUGGCUCAUGCACCAGAGCAGCAAUGGCAAUUUGGUGGACUUCUGUGCUGCACCUGAGUAUAGCUCUUACUCCACACUCACAGACAACCAGAUGGAUGAUAACAGAAGAAUUCAAAUGCUGGCAGACACUGUGGCCACAUUACCUCGGGGACGGAAGCAGCUUGCUUUGAUGAGAUCAAGUUCUUUAGGUGAUUUUUCCUGUUCUCCAAGGAAAAUUGUUAUUGUGGAGAAGGAGGAUAAUGGAACAUUUGGAUUUGAAAUUCAGACAUAUAGGGUCCAGACACAAAACAUCUGUUCCUCAGAGACGUGCACUCUGAUCUGCAAGAUCCAGGAGUGUAGUCCAGCACACCAAGCAGGCCUGAAAGCUGGUGAUGUCCUUGCAAAUAUCAAUGGCAUAAGCACAGAAGGCUUUACCCACAAACAAGUUGUUGACCUGAUCAGAUCAUCAGGAAACCUGCUAAGGAUAGAGACUCUUAAUGGAACAACAAUUCUCAAAAGAGCAGAGCUUGAAGCAAAGCUGCAAAAUUUAAAGCAAACCUUGAAGAAAAAAUGGGUGGAGUACAGAUCUCUGCAAUUACAGGAACAACGCCUGCUUCAUGGUGAUGCGGCUAACUUUCCAAAUUUGGAAAACAUGGACAUAGAUGAAUCAGCUUUGUUUGGAAGUCUGCCUGGACCAACCUCAACCCUCCUGGACCGGCAUAGAUUAUCCAGUGAGAGCAGCUGUAGGAGCUGGCUCAGCUCCAUGACAAUAGACAGCGAGGACGGCUACCAGACAUGUGUGUCUGAGGACUCGAGCCGGGGAGCCUUUAGCCGCCAAACAAGCACAGAUGAUGAAUGUUUUGUCCUCAAAGAUGGGGAUGAUGUUCUGAAGAGGUCUUCUUCCAGGAGGAACCGGAGCAUUAGUGCUGCCAGCAGCGGGUCCAUGUCUCCAUUAUGGGAGGGUAACUUCUCAAGCAUGUUUGGGACCCUGCCUCGAAAAGGCAAACGAGGGAGUGUGCGAAAGCAGCUCUUAAAAUUUAUCCCAGGUCUUCACCGAGCAGUGGAAGAGGAAGAGAGUCGUUUCUAG